CGUUUUCCCCACUAUUCUAUUUUUGUUUAUUUUGUAUCACCAUCAGCGACAGCUUGAAGAGAUUUACAUAAGUCUGAUCCGACGUCGUUUCAUGAGUUUUAUGAUCAGGCGACACUUUUACCGCCGUCGACAGGAAAGGAGACGAAAUGCAAUCCUGCGAGCCAUCACAACACCAACUCGGGAGAAAAGGAAACUCUGGACCCACGCACGCUGCCAUGCUUGGUGGCAGCACGCAUGCGACACAUGGACAGAGAGAGACUGGCUGCUCAAUUUCAGAAUGAGAAGAACAACUUUUAGGCAUCUCUGUGAACUUCUGCGUCCAAAGCUCACUCGACAGGACACAAGAUACCGUAGGGCAGUGCCAGUGGAGCUGCGUGUGGCUGUGUGUUUAUGGAGGCUCGCAACAAAUCUUGAGCUCCGAUCCAUCUCUCAUCUGUUUGGUGUGGGACUGUCCAGUGCUUGUGUAUUCACUCAACAAGUUGUUGCUGCUAUCAAUGAUAAUCUGAAGUCACAAUAUCUACACACACCGAAAGAUGCAGAAUUUGUGGAAAUAGUCAAAGGAUUCCAUGACAGAUGGGGGUUUCCACAAUGUGCAGGAGCAGUUGAUGGCACCCAUAUUCCCAUUCUGGCACCUUCUCACAACCCAGCUGAUUAUUACAACCGCAAAGGCUUCUAUUCUAUAAUCCUACAGGGUGUUGUGGACCACAACAUGAAGUUUUGGGAUGUCAACAUCGGCUGGCCUGGGAGGGUUCAUGAUGCCCGCGUUCUCUCAAACUCAUCCCUGUAUGAGAGAGGACAGAACGGAACACUUUUGCCAAGUUUGCAGGAAACCAUUCAAGAUGUUGAUGUGCCUCUUGUCAUUCUGGGAGAUGCCGCAUAUCCACUGCUGCCCUGGUUAAUGAAACCUUACCAAGAGGGCAGAGGGAUCACAGCAGAGCAGACUGCAUUCAACCACCGCUUGAGUCAAGCCAGAAUGACAGUGGAGCGAGCUUUUGGACGUUUGAAAGGACGUUGGAGAUGCCUUUUAAAAAGAUGUGACUGUGAUGUCUUCUUUGUCAGUGACAUAGUCUUGGCAUGCUGCAUUCUUCAUAACUUCUGUGAAAGUCAUAAUGAGGAGUACAUCUGCAGUGACAAUGAUGUACAUGAUCAAAGGCCGGACCCUGCAGACCGUCAGAUUGGUGGUGACAGUGGGGCAAAUAUCAGAAAUGCACUGUGUGCUCAUUUUUCAGCUCUGCAGUAAAGUGUGCUUUGGACGUUGCUCAUUGAUCAAUUCAAAGUACAAGAAAUACUUGAAAGUGAUUGUUACUGGAGUUACUGUUUUUUCACUGUUGUUUCACCAAGGAAACAAAGUCAUUAUUUUUAUCCUCAAUGACCUUGUGUUGCUUUUUGUUGAACUCAAACAUUUUUUUUCAAAAUGAAUGAAUGAAUGUUUUAUUUCAAACUUAAAGUUGCUAUGAGGAGAAUCUACUGACGGCGAAAUAAAGACUCUGCUACCCAUACAUACUUUGAGUUCAUCACUGCAGCUGUUCCAUAAUGUAACUCAUUUAACUGAGACAAAGUGAAGUGUCAUAUUUGUUCUCACUGCUUGUUUUUUCAAUAUGAAAUUUCCUCGAAGAUGAUGUUAGUCAUCUCUCAGUUGAAAAAACUUUGGAUUCUGUUUGAUAGCAUGUAAUUUUCUCCUGAAUACAUAAUUUGGAUAGUUUUAAAAAUAAACCAAAAUAAAUGUUGCAUAUUCCUGUAAAUGUCAUAAACCUUGUAUGAGUUCACUUUUUUUCUUGUGCUUGUUUAACAUUUGGGAAGCUAUCAUAUU